AUGAAUCCACAACACUAUCAACAGCAGCAGCAGCAGCAACAACAACAGCCAGUGCCGCCUCAACAACCACCACUUCAACUAACGUCAGAACAACCUGUGCCUACUCAAUAUGCUCCAGUAACUGCUAGUGCCGCUGAUACAGAUCUGUCAACAAAUGUAUUCAAUGCUCAACAACAACAACAACAGCAGCAACAACAAAUGGCAGCAAUGAUGCAAAUGCAACAGCAAUGGACUGCUGGAGGUUUUCCUGCGCCUUUUAUGAUGCCCUAUCCUCCAGGAAUGAUGAUGAUGCCAUCCCAACAGACAGCCAUGGAUCGACCACAAUCACGUCAAUCGUCUCGUCCACCAUCUCGUCAAAGUGUAAAUGCACCUGCUUCAUCAUCAAGAUCAUUAGUGAACGGACAAACUAGUGGUCAAAGCCAAACACCCGCUAUUCCAGGAAUGCCACCAUCGCAAGGAUAUCCAGGUUUUAUGCCUCCUGGAAUGUAUAAUCCAUGGUUUGAUGCAUAUUGGCAGUCAAUGUACGCUAGUUAUCAACAUCCUUACAAUUUUGGAUAUAAUGAUGAAAUGAUGAAAUAUUGGUCACAAAUGACACAACGAGAAGAUGAUAGAUAUAGUCAUCAUUCGGCUGCUCUAUCACAAUCAAAACAAUCCCAACAUAGUUCUUCUAUGCACACAUGGGGCUCAAUUGAUUCAUUGAAUGAUCCGUACUAUCAAAGUCACAACGCUUUUGUCAACGGAUAUUACCCUCAAAAACAGCAACAAGCACAGCAGCAACAAGGUGGUGUAAAUGCAGUGAAACGACAAACAAAAGCACCUGUCGAUCCGAACGCACUUUUAACUACGUCGGUAGCUCCUAAUCAACAAAUACCGGCAACAGAGUCCAAGACAAAAGCCAGUAAUGCAGUGAAAGCCGAUGGCGAAGACGAAGAUGAUGAUGAUGAUGAUGAUGACGAUGAUGAUGACGACGACGAGGAAGGAAGUGAAGAAAAUUCCGAUGCUACAAGUAGUGAUCGUUUUAGUAUUAAAUCAGAUUUAGCCCAAGUAAAUGAAGAAUCGUCGAAAGCACGACGAACUCCACCUCUUUAUAUUCGACCUCAUUUACGUGCGAAAUUUGUCUUUGAUCAACUCAUACAAGUUCUACCUCAAUCACCCAGUGACACCAACCAACCAGCAACUGUUGAAAUUGUCUCUGCAAAUAGUAUACAUACACUGGCUCCGUCUUUAGUUGAAGAACGGCAGUUAAUGUCGGAUUUCAUCGGUCCAUUGACUUCAUCAACUGCAAAAUCUAACGUGACUCGUUAUUGUGAACGGCAAUCUCAAUUAGCUAACAAAGCUACUCACAUUAUUGAUCGAGAUGCCUUAUCAAUUCUUUGGAAAUAUAUGGCAUUACUUGUUAAUAAAAAUGGAGUUGUUGAUGUUCGUGUUGACAUUCCAAAGAUCCUUUGGUCAUCAAGUAACACUCCAGUCGCUGAUGAAUCUUCCUCACAGAAUACUUCAAUAUCGUCAUCGACGACAACAUUAGAAAAUUCUCUCCGUGAAUUUCUUGCUCUUGGCGAAAUCGAUACGAGCAUUAAAUUUGCUUGUGAAAAUCAGUUAUAUACUCAUGCCUUGAUUAUAUCUUAUUUAACCGAUCGACAGUUAUUUGAGAAAACAAUUCACAAUAUUAUCUCGAAUCUUGAUAAUGGCGACAUCUUGAAAACAUUCUAUGAAUUGGGAGCUGGUUCAACUCCAUCUGUUGUCACGAAUGUUACUAAACCACAUUAUGGAGAUUGGAAACGGCACUUAGCAGUUAUUCUAGCAAAUCGUACUGAUAUCAAUGCGCAAUUUGUUGAUCUUUGUGUUAAAACUAUGGGCGAUGCAUUGGUAACAUCCGGCAGAAUUUAUGCUGGACAUUUUUGUUACUUAAUUGCCAACGUUCCAUUUGGAUCGUAUCGAAAUAAUGCAGAUAAAAUUGCUGUUAUUGGUAGUGUCCAUGCUGGUCAACCAAAUCUCUCAUUUGCGACAAUUCCGAAUUUACAACUGACUGAAGUUUAUGAAUAUUCAUUGCGAACGACUUUAGUCACUUUUAUUCCACUGAAAAUAUACUAUACAUCAAAAUUAGUCCUUCAUGGAUUGAAGAGAGAAGCAUUAGCUUAUUGCGAAGAAAUCGGACACACUUUGAUUCGUCAAGGCAACACUUCUUAUGUGCAAUUAGUGGAUUUACAAUUGUUUAUACUGAUUGCUGAGAAAUCUCGAGUAUUCAGUCGAAAUUUUCAACUUGAUCCAGGCUCAUACAAAGAACCAGCAUGGUUAAUUGAGCUGAGACGUCUUAUUCAAAGUUUAUUGGAUAAUGCCUUUUUAAACAAAACAGUACGGGAUGAAUCAUUUAAUUCAUCGUUACAAACUAACCGAGAAUCAACGAAAGUAACCCAACAUCAACAACAACCGAUGAAUCCUUCCACAUAUCCAGAGGUGCAAACAUCAAAUAUAAAUCACCGUCCAGAACAAAUAACAAGCACAGCGUCAAUACCUCCUUCGUCUAAUGCACCGGCAAUAAACAUCACCAAUGGUUAUAACGCGGCAAAUCCAAUUCCAACAGACCAAAUGUCCUACUCAAAUGUGACUACAGCUAAUUAUCAAAACAAUCUUAAAGUUGAUACCAAUGGGCAUUAUCCUUCGCAAUACUAUCCACCUGAUACUCAACCACAGGAGUUAUCAACCUAUCCUCAACAAUGGUCUCAACAACCGACGGCCAUUCCUACUCAAUCAGAUCAUCUAACCAUAUCCUCUCAAGUGCCAUCUACUAAUAAUUCAUAUUAUCAACCAUCGGGUGAUCAGUCACAAUACAUCCAACCAGGUUAUACUAGCACACCAAAUCCCCAAUCUGCUCAACAACAACAUUGGUAUCCAUCGGGACACAAUGAUACUCGAGAUCGUCUGCCAUCGAAUGAGCAACAACAAAUGGAAUCGAUGAAGCGUCGCGCAUCGAUUAUUACUUUUGAUGAUAGUGGAACUAUAUCCUCAUCAAAUUGGCAAACAUCAGCAGCGAUGAUAAAUAGUAGAAAGACUUCAUCGACAUCAACACAAUCCAAUCUCAGUACUAAUAAUAUCAAAAAUAUUCCCGAGUCCACUAAUUCUCUUUAUCAACAAACUCAAUUAAUGUCGUAUCCGACGAAUAAUCAAACAUCUUCAAUAUCUGAUGAUUUACCACAACAACAUCAACAAACGAAUGGCAUAGUUAAGAAGAAGCACGCUUGUUUUGAUGAUAGUGACGAUGUUUUUCCAAAUAAUGCACCUAAAUCAUCCGACGGAAAAACCAAUACAACUACAUCCAGUCAAGCUGCUGCAGCCGCUGCGACUGCUGCUGCACAGAAAGGUGGUAUGUUCGGAAACAUUAUGAAACGUUUCGGUCUGCAACGACCACCUCAAGCUCAUUUACCCGAUGACAAAAACAAAGCAUUCAAAUUCGAUGAAAAAACAGGUAAAUGGAUCGAUACAUCAAAAUCUGCAAGCGAGCAAGCAGCGACACUACCUCCACCACCACCAUCGGCAUCGAAACUGAACACCGCAGCUCCAGCAGCGCCUAAUUCACAGCUACAACAACCAUCAUCUUCAUUUAGUCCUUCAAUGCCACCUGGUAUGCCUCAACAGCCAACAUCAACACUCCAUUCCACAGCACCACCCGCACCUUCUCAAAUUCGAACAUCCAGUUUCGCUGCUGGAACAACGACCACCUCCAAUACAAACACACAACCUUCUCAAGUCACGCCUGCUGUUUGGCCUACACAACCAAAUGCCACGACAAUGGCGCCGGCAUCAACGCCUGCAGCCGCUCAACCUGUAAAUCAAUCCCAUCUACCCCAACAACAACAGCCGCAGCAGCAGCAGAGGGUACCUGGACAGUUAUCUGCCGCUCAACAACGCCUACAGGCUAUAAGACAACAACAGCAGCAGCAACAGCAGCAACAAAGUCAAGCUCCACCAGCUGCCGCGUCAAAUCAAUAUUCUCUUAGAAAUCGUCCGAACCAAUCCCGUUAUGUUGAUGUACUUGCUGGAACCAUAGGUACAACUGCACCGAAUCCUAAUGUGUCUCUCAAUGAUCUCAUUCCGACACCUUCGGCUGGUAUGCCAACCCAUGCAUCAACCAAUCAAGCAAAUAAUUACUUUGUACCACAAACGCGACUUGCAAAUGACUCAACAGAUGCUGAAGUGUCAUGGAUCAAUUCUCAUAGCCCGUACAAUCAACAACAGACAAUUAUGAACAAUCACCAUCUUCAUCUUGAUCAAAAACUUUGA